GAGGUUUGCGUGUUCUCCCUGUGUCAACACUGGUCCCUGUUUUAUAUCUGUCAAUUUCCCUGUUCGGCCAGCUGAUGUCACUGGUCAUCCCGUUCUGUGUUCCCCUUGUUUCCCUUAGUUAGCACACUAAUGUGUUUCUCGUCUCCCAGAGACGCAGCAUGGCUGAAUGGGCUGAACAUGCAGCUAAAGGUCAAGCUCCCCUACUGCCCAUUAUUGAGAAAGGCGUGACAGAGGAAGGGCUGUCUGCAAGCUGAAGAGCCUGCCAGAGCCUGGCUGCUGGCAUGUGAAAGAAGGGACCAUGCAUGCAGGACGAGCAGAUGAGAAGCAGCCGGUGACCCCCCCUCCUGUGGCACCUCGCAAUCCAGCAGCCUUCAGAAUGCUUCGGCCAGGGUCCCACGGCCCCCCAGCCUCCCCUGGAUACAGAGUAAAUGGAUUUGGGCGUGAGACCAGCUUCAUGUCCACCACCCAGGCAGAGAGGGAAGUGAAAAUCCUGAACCACUGCAUCGACGACAUUGAGCGCUUCAUGGGAAUACUGCAGCAAGUGGCAGAGGCUUCUAGUGUGCAGAGGAGGAGGAAGUCCAAGAAGAAGGGCCAAGCAGAUGACCUGAUAUCACGGAAAGCCAUCCCCCCAAAGAAGGAAGAGUUUAUCGACAUCUUCCAGAAGAUCAAAUACAGCUUCUGUUUAUUGGCGCGUCUCAAGUCCUUCAUCUCUAACCCCAGUGCUGAAGAGCUACUGCAUCACGUCUUCGUACCUUUGGACCUGAUGGUGAACACCACUCAGGGACCGGCUUUGGGAGCCGGAGUGGCCAGUCCCACCCUAACAGGGGGUGCCAUAGCUCUGCUGGAGGAGCAUCUGACAGACAAGGAGCGGCAGCUAUGGGUGGCCCUGGGACCCAAAUGGACGCUUCCCCGGUCGCAGCUCGGCGAGGCCACCUCCUCCUACACCCCUCUCUUCCUGGAUGGAUGGACACCUGAGCCCUUUGACCCGGAAGGACAACCUUGGGGUGACCCGAUUGAACUGCAACACAAACAAGAGGAUCUGAAGGACAGGAUUAAACAUUCCUCCAGUUUGCUCAUGGGGCCUCCCACCUCCCCAGGCAACGCUGAAACCCCCAUCCCAGAAGGAGAGGUGUAUAUUUGCAGCUAUGACUUUGUGGCUCGGAACAGCAAUGAGCUGUCUGUAUUACAUGGAGAGAAAUUGGAGGUAAUUGAGUCAUCAAAGCGCUGGUGGAAAUGUCGUAAUGGCUAUGGUCAGAUCGGCUUUGUGCCCUUUAACAUCCUGGAGCCUGCCUCUGCUUUGGAGGACACACACAAGCAGGCGCCUGUGCUCAGCCCGAAGACCAAGAAUGCUCCUCAUUCCCAGGCACCGAACAGGCACUUCUCCUACAUCCCCAGCAGCCACUCCGAAUCACCCGAUCUGCAGCCCCACUCCCCCCGCCCCUACAGCCAACCUUUAGAGAGUGACAAAGUGUUCGUAAUGAAUGCUGAGCUCCAGGAGAAGCUGGCCAGAAGGCGGUCCCUUCAAGCACUGGCCUCCCCCAACACUCAGGAGACACAGCAGGCUCCAGGGCUGGAGAAAAUGAAGGAGAAGCAGAAAGUGAAAAAUGUAACGGCAGAGGCCUUCUGAUGCUACACACUGGCAGAAUAUGCCACUGACAUGCUGGCCAUCAGAAAAUGACACUGAUAUACUGGCUGACAGAAAAUGACACUGACACACUCCCUGAGAAAAUGGACACUGACAAAAUGGCCACCAGAAAGGGACACUGACACAUUGGUUGGCAGAGCAGGAAACUGACAUGCUAGCCAUCAGUGAGGGACACUAACACACUGGCCAUCAGAGCAGGACACGGACACACUGACAGGCGGAAAAGGACAUUGGCACACUGGCCAUCAGAAAAAGACACUGACAUACUGGGAGGCAGAAAAAGAGCACUGACACAUCAGCCAUCAGAAAAGGACACUGACACUCUGGCCAUCAGAAAAGGACACUAAUACACUAGCAGGCAGAUAAGAACAUGGACACACUGACAGGCAGAAAAGGACACUGACACACUGGCAGGCAGAUAAGAACAUGAACACACUGACAGGCAGAAAAGAACACUGGCACACUGGCAGGCAGAUAAGAACAUGGACACACUGACAGGCAGAAAAGGACACUGACACACUGGCAGGCAGAUAAGAACAUGGACACACUGACAGGCAGAAAAGGACACUGACACACUGGCAGGCAGAUAUGAACAUGGACACACUGACAGGCAGGAAAGGACACUGACACACUGACAGGCAGGAAAGGACACUGACACACUGGCAGGCAGAUAAGAACAUGGACACACUGACAGGCAGAAAAGGACACUGACAUAAUGGGAGGCAGAAAAAGAGUACUGACACAUCGAUCAUCAAUGAAUGACACUGACACUCUGGCAGGCAGAAAAGGACACUGACACACUGGCAGGCAGAAAAAGACACUGACAUAAUGGGAGGCAGAAAAAGAGUACUGACACAUCGAUCAUCAAUGAAUGACACUGACACUCUGGCAGGCAGAAAAGGACACUGACACACUGGCAGGCAGAAAAGGACAUUGACACACUGAUAACACAGAAAAGGAUAUUGGUACCCUUAUAACAGAAAAAUAUACUGAGAUUCAGCCACUGUGGCAUUAUGAUUCCAGCAUUAACAAACACAAACAUUGAUGCAUGAAGACUAACACAUGAAGACUAACACACAAAUACUAACAUUCUAACAAAUAGCAUAAUGAUUAUUGGCUACAGUAUCAACACAUACACUAAUCAUUCAUGUUAUACUCACCUGAGUAGUAGUUAUUUAGUACCUGUAUUAAAUCUGAUGUGAUAUUUUUCCAAGUUAUUUAAAUUAAUUAAAUUUAAAGUAUUACAUUAUGUUCUGAUUGCAUGCUUAUCUUCUGAAUGAAUAUUUAAAUAUUACUGCACAGAAUGGUAUGUUGUCUCUGUUUUGAUAAUUAGACACUACAUACUACUGAUAUAAUGACUGGAUCUUAAGUCUCCUAAUUGCUGAUGCAGAGGUGUUUUUAGGAAGAUGAUCCUGCCUCCCUUUAAAGCCGGCGUUGUAUUAAUUGACUAUGGUGACAUAAUGUUCUGUAAUAGACACUUCUCCUUCUAAAGCAAGAAUUCACGAACACACACAAAAAGACCUCUGCUGGCCAACCUGUUUGCUUCCCUUUGCAUUCUACUUUGUCACACCUGUUCCUCAUCAUUAUUAUAUAUCAGUACCCUAGUUCUGAUCCUAGUUCAGUCAUUGUUAAUGAGUCCCUGUGGUGAUCUGUGUUCUACAUCACUCUGUUCCCCUUAGUGUUCAGUUGUGACUCCCCCCACAGUCCCUUAAAUUUCUAUUGCUUUGUUCUUUACUUUGUAAGAAACCUACUUAGUCCCCCCCCCCCCCCAAAGCUGAAUAUGGCUUGUUCUUCAUUUCUAUACGUGACAUCGAGAUAGAGCAGAGGUGAAUAUGCAGCCUCUACAUAUGCCUUCCACCUUAGAGGUAAGGAGCACACACAGAUUGCAGUGCAACCCUCCACAUGACAAACCACUUCAGACUGAAGAAAAUUGUGCUAAUUGAAAAGCAAAUAUCAAAAACUCAAUCCGCAGGAAUGUUUUUCAGAAGAUUUCUGUGGGCUUUUGGAAAUUUCACGAAAUUCCAUCGCUCGAUUACGUAAACACUGAGUGAGAUUUCAUUCCCAUUACUGCAACGUAUGAAGAGGAUUAUGACUUAUUACUUUAGGUUAUCGGACUGAGUGAGUUUUGGAAAUUUGCUCUUCAAUCGAUAACUGAAGCAGUGCUGUGAAUGCAGAGGUUAUAUACGUCGCAUAUCAACAGAACUGUAUGUUUAUGUCUUGUCUUAAUUAUUUUGAUUAAAUGUCUGACUAUUCCCAAUAUGUUUGAACAUACUUGGCCAAAUAAAGCUGAUUCUGAUUCAGUCA